GCCCGGGGGACCUUGCGGGUUUUUGGACAGCGACAUGCAUGCAUGUACCGUUGCGAGUUCCUGUAUCGAUUCUCAAAUUCCCUAUGAUGGCCCCUUCCAGGUGGGCUGUCGUAGCGCACGAGCCAACGUGGCAUGGGCCUGGAAAUGCCAAGCACCAAGUGCUUCAGUGGUUGUGCACCUGGCUUUGUACAUAGGUACUUAGUGUAGGUUGGGGACUUUUUUUUUCUACCAAAUCAGGUAGGUAUCUUACUCCACUUUUCGCGCACUGCCCAGCUCAAUCAGUCAAUCAGUCCGUGCCAGCGCCCGGCGCGUCCAGCUACAAAAAGGCACAUCCCCCCUCGCCGACCUCAAUUUUCUCCUUCCAACAACCACUUCUCUCGACUUUUGUCCGCGACCAUUCACGACCGAAGCAAAAACGCCCGUUUACGCAUCUCCAUCUGUUGAAUUUUAAUUCUCGAACUAUCGAAAUCACCAAAAUGCCUCCCAAGCCCGCCGACAAGAAGCCUGCCUCCAAGGCCCCCGCUACUGCCUCCAAGGCCCCCGAGAAGAAGGAUGCCGGAAAGAAGACUGCCGCCUCUGGCGACAAGAAGAAGCGCACCAAGGCCCGCAAGGAGACCUACUCCUCCUACAUCUACAAGGUCCUCAAGCAGGUCCACCCUGAUACCGGUAUUUCCAACCGCGCCAUGUCUAUCCUGAAUUCGUUUGUCAACGAUAUUUUCGAGCGCGUUGCCACCGAGGCUUCCAAGCUCGCUGCCUACAACAAGAAGUCCACCAUCUCCUCUCGUGAGAUCCAGACCUCUGUUCGCCUCAUCCUCCCCGGCGAGCUUGCCAAGCACGCUGUAUCGGAAGGCACCAAGGCCGUUACCAAGUACUCUUCCAGCACGAAAUAAGUGUUCUGUGACGGGGUGUUUCGUGUCUUUCCUCUCAUUUUCUGUCUAGGGCAUUAGGAUUUGUUGGCAUUUGGGUGUCACUUACGAGGAGACUUUUGGCCAGAGGUUCCAACACAAUCCGCUUGGCGUCUCUUCUAAUUGCAAUGCGUUACGGAUGGUCUGCUUUUUUUUAUUAUCUUUGGGGGCAAUGUCUUCUCACGGCUUAUGGGGUUCUUGCGAUUGUACAAUAACAUACCUUGACAUCAGGGUUUCGGACGAAAUGAAAUCGUGCACAUGA